CCUGCGCGCGCUGCCUGCAGCCGCCCGCGCCUGCUCCCUCCCUAGUCAGGCGCCGGUCCUGAAACAACCCCGGGAAGUGAAGGAGCAUCCCGGCGCUCUGCGGAGCGAUCCUAGCAGACGUGCGCAGCCCCGCGUGGCCGCAGCAUGAGCGCGCGCGGUCCAGCCCUGUGCUUCUUCCUGCUGCUGCUCUGUCCUGCGCAGGUGUUUUUACAGUCCUGUGUUUGGUAUGGAGAGUGUGGAAUUGCAUCUGGAGAUAAGAGAUACAAUUGCAGAUAUUCUGGGCCACCAAAACCACUGCCAAAAGAUGGGUAUGACUUAGUGCAGGAACUCUGUCCUGGAUUCUUCUUCGACAAUGUCAGUCUCUGUUGUGAUGUUCAGCAGCUUCGGACUCUGAAAGACAACCUGCAGCUGCCUCUGCAGUUUCUGUCCAGAUGCCCAUCCUGUUUUUAUAACCUAAUGAACCUGUUUUGUGAGCUGACAUGUAGCCCUCGUCAGAGUCAGUUUCUGAAUGUUACAGAAACUGAAGACUAUGUUGAUCCUAUUACAAACCAGACAAAAACGAAUGUCAAAGAAUUACAAUACUAUGUCGGACAGAGUUUUGCCAAUGCAAUGUACAAUGCCUGCCGGGAUGUGGAAGCCCCCUCAAGUAAUGACAAAGCCCUGGGACUCCUCUGUGGGAGGGAUGCUGAUGCCUGCAAUGCCACCAACUGGAUCGAGUACAUGUUCGAUAAGAAUAAUGGACAGGCGCCAUUUACCAUCACUCCCAUUUUUUCAGAUCUUCCAGUCCAGGGGAUGGAGCCCAUGAACAAUGCCACCAAAGGCUGUAAUGAGUCUGUAGAUGAGGUCACUGGGCCAUGCAGCUGCCAGGACUGCUCCAUCGUUUGUGGCCCCAAGCCCCAGCCCCCAGCACCUCCUAUUCCCUGGAGGAUCUUUGGUUUGGAUGCCAUGUAUGUCAUCAUGUGGAUCACCUACAUGGCAUUUUUGUUUGUGUUUUUUGGAGCAUUUUUUGCAUUGUGGUGCUACAGAAAGCGUUAUUUUGUCUCCGAAUACACUCCCAUUGACAGCAAUAUAGCCUUUUCUGUUAAUGCCAGUGACAAAGGAAUGGCCUGGCUCUUAACCUCCACCCUCCUUUCCUCUCCCGCUCUUCCAGGGGCGGCGUCCUGCUGCGACCGGCUUGGUGCCGCCUUCGAGGGCUGUUUGAGGCGCUUCUUCACCCAGUGGGGAUCUUACUGUGUCCGAAACCCUGGCUGCAUCAUUUUCUUCUCACUGGUCUUCAUCGCCGCAUGUUCUUCAGGCCUGGCAUUUGUGCGGGUCACCACCAAUCCAGUUGACCUCUGGUCAUCUGCCAGCAGCCAGGCCCGCCAGGAUAAAGAGUACUUUGACACACACUUUGGGCCUUUCUUCCGGACAGAGCAGCUCAUCAUCCGGGCCCCCAAUACCAGCAAACACAUUUACCAGCCAUACCCCGCAGGAGCCGACGUGCCCUUUGGACCCCCACUUGACAAAGAGAUUUUGCACCAGGUUCUUGACUUACAAACAGCCCUUGAAAGUAUUACCGCAAAUUAUAACAACGAGACUGUGACACUUCAAGACAUCUGCUUGGCCCCUCUCUCACCUUAUAACAAGAAUUGCACCAUUUUGAGUGUGUUAAAUUACUUCCAGAACAGCCAUUCUGCACUGGACCAUCAAGUAGGGGAUGACUUCUUUGUGUAUGCCGAUUAUCACACGCACUUUCUGUACUGUACACGGGCUCCUGCCUCUCUGAAUGAUACAAGUCUGCUGCAUGAUCCUUGCCUCGGUACAUUCGGUGGACCCGUGUUCCCGUGGCUUGUGCUGGGAGGCUACGAUGAUCAAAACUACAAUAAUGCCACUGCUCUCGUGAUUACCUUCCCUGUCAAUAAUUACUACAAUGAUACAGAGAAGCUCCAGAGGGCCCAGGCCUGGGAAAAAGAGUUUAUUAAUUUUGUGAAAAACUACAAGAAUCCAAAUCUGACCAUUUCUUUCACUACUGAACGAAGUAUUGAAGAUGAACUAAAUCGUGAAAGUAAUGGGGAUAUCUUCACUGUUGUCAUUAGCUACGCCAUCAUGUUUCUGUAUAUUUCCCUAGCCUUGGGGCACAUCAAAAGCUGUCGCAGGCUUCUGGUGGAUUCUAAAAUCUCCCUAGGCAUCACAGGGAUCGUGAUCGUGUUGAGCUCGGUGGCCUGCUCAUUGGGUAUCUUCAGCUACAUGGGGACCCCAUUGACCCUCAUAGUGAUUGAAGUCAUCCCGUUCCUGGUGCUGGCUGUGGGGGUGGACAACAUCUUCAUCCUGGUGCAGACCUACCAGAGAGAUGAACGUCUUCAAGGGGAAACCCUGGAUCAACAACUGGGCAGGGUCCUAGGAGAAGUGGCUCCUAGUAUGUUCCUGUCAUCCUUUUGCGAGACUUCAGCGUUUUUCUUUGGAGCCCUGUCGGUGAUGCCAGCCGUCCACACUUUCUCUCUGUUUGCGGGAUUGGCCGUCUUCAUUGACUUCCUACUUCAGAUUACCUGUUUCGUGAGUCUCUUGGGAUUAGACAUUCAACGUCAAGAGAAAAAUCGGCUGGACAUCCUCUGCUGUGUGAAAGGUGCUGAAGAUGGAAGCAGUGUCCAGGCCUCAGAAAGCUGCCUGUUUCGCUUCUUCAAAAACUCCUACUCUCCACUUCUGCUGAAGGACUGGAUGCGACCCAUUGUGGUUGCCGUAUUUGUGGGUGUCCUGUCAUUUAGUAUUGCGGUCCUGAACAAAAUAGAAAUUGGAUUGGAUCAGUCUCUUUCAAUGCCAGAUGACUCUUACGUCAUAGAUUACUUCAAAUCCCUUGGUCAGUACCUGCACGCAGGUCCGCCUGUGUACUUUGUCCUGGAGGAAGGGCACAACUAUACAUCCCUACAGGGACAGAACAUGGUGUGCGGCGGCAUGGGCUGUGACAACGAUUCCUUGGUGCAGCAGAUAUUUAACGCGGCUCAACUGGACAACUACACCCGGAUAGGCUUUGCUCCCUCGUCCUGGAUUGACGAUUAUUUUGAUUGGGUUAAGCCACAGUCUUCUUGCUGUAGAGUCUACAAUAUCACUGACCAGUUCUGCAAUGCUUCAGUGGUUGACCCUUCCUGCGUCCGCUGCAGGCCUCUGACUCCGGAGGGCAAACAGAGACCUCAGGGUGGAGACUUCAUGAAAUUCCUGCCCAUGUUUCUCUCUGAUAACCCUAACCCCAAGUGUGGCAAAGGGGGACAUGCAGCUUACAGUUCAGCAGUUAACAUCCUUGGCAAUAAUACUGGCAUCGGAGCCACAUACUUCAUGACCUACCACACCGUGCUGCAGACCUCCGCUGACUUUAUUGAUGCUAUGAAAAAAGCCCGACUUGUGGCCAGUAACAUCACCGAAACCAUGAGCACGAAGGGCAGUAAUUACCGGGUGUUCCCAUACAGUGUGUUCUACGUCUUCUAUGAACAGUACCUGACCAUCAUUGAUGACACCAUCUUUAACCUUGGUGUGUCCCUGGGGUCCAUAUUUCUGGUGACCGUGAUUGUUCUGGGCUGUGAACUAUGGUCUGCAGUCAUCAUGUGCGUCACCAUCGCCAUGAUCCUGGUCAACAUGUUUGGCGUAAUGUGGCUGUGGGGCAUCAGUCUGAACGCAGUGUCCUUAGUCAACCUGGUGAUGAGCUGUGGCAUUUCUGUGGAGUUCUGCAGCCACAUAACAAGAGCAUUCACAGUGAGUGCAAAAGGAAGCCGCGUGGACCGUGCAGAAGAGGCGCUUGCUCUCAUGGGCAGUUCUGUAUUCAGCGGAAUCACACUUACAAAAUUUGGAGGAAUUGUGGUGUUGGCCUUUGCCAAAUCCCAGAUUUUCCAGAUAUUUUACUUCAGGAUGUAUUUAGCUAUGGUCUUACUGGGAGCCACUCAUGGACUAAUAUUUCUCCCUGUCUUACUUAGUUAUAUAGGCCCAUCAGUAAAUAAAGCCAAAAGUCGCACCACCCAAGAACGGUACAAAGGCACAGAGCGAGAACGACUCCUAAAUUUCUAGCCUUCUUCAAGGGUUUGUGACUUUGAACUGUGUCAAGGGGUUGGUCCGUUUACCACUGGACAGUAACUGCAUCUAACUGCAUCUUCAAGACUGAGCUGAACACCCGAUGUUCCAGGCCUGGGGCUGUUGAACAGAGCUUCGGAUGUCCUGCUUUUAAACUCAGGAAUGCGCAUGUGACUUGUGAAGCAGUAUUAUGAAAUCUGAAGGGACUUUUGGGACACUAAAGCCUCCCCCACCCCCCCCACCCUAGUCCUUCAGGAAAGAAACCUCAUGUUUGACAAGAAGAAUGACACGAAGGGUAACUGUGCAUGUGAUCUGCUCAUGGACUCUGAAGGCCAAUCUACACACUGGCUCCUUUUUUGGGGAGUAAGCCAUCAUACACAUUCUAUACGAUAUUUUUAGUAACAUUUGAGGAUAUUGUAGAUAUACUUUAUUAUGAAAUUUUGUAGUUUAAAGAGCUUUAUUAAUGCAAUAAAUUAACUUUGUACACAUUUUUAUAUAUAUAUAUAUAUAUAUAUAUAAAAAAAAAAAAAAGCCUAGAAUGUUGUAGGCCUCAUUAGAGCUUGGUCUCCAAAAACCUGUUUGAAAAAAGCAACAUGUUCUUCACAGUGUUCUCCUAUGAAGGAAAAUAGAGAUUUAAUCACCAUUAGGUGUGGCAGGAAAGGAAAACAAGAGAAUGUAGCUCACAGAUUGUAUACUGGGUUUUAACUUAUUUUUCUUUAAUAAAAUACCUGUUUUCCUAACUUUUGGGGUUGCCCUUUCUACUACAGAACUAGUACCUUCAUAAUUCCUAGCAAGUCACCAUGUGCUCAGAUGAGCAGAAAAACUAAAUGGAAGUGAUUUGCACCCAUUGUUGGGGUCAGUACCAUCUUGCACUGGAUGCUAAGAGAAAAGGUUGGCAGACCUAAAUUGGAGUCCGUCCUAAGAAGAAAUGUCUUAGAUUUUAUCACUAUUUGGAGAUGAGUUAUUAGCCAGUGUUUCAAGGCUUACUAAAAGAAUGCUUCCAUUUUAGGCAAGAAUCGUUUAAAACCCUUAGGCCACCGUUUGCUCUCUUAUUCCUGAAUGUCUCAACCCAAAACACCUCUGCUGUGAGUUCCAAAGUGUAAUUAAUUCACAUUAAUUACACCCAUGUGAUGAAUCCACAGUUUAGACCACAGGCUAGGUUAGGUGUUGUUAGGAACUUUCAUUUCCAGAAAAGCUAACAUAGGAAUCCUCCUUACACAAAAGCUGCCCACCCACAUCGGGUUCCUGCUACUACAUGAGUCUGUGGUUACCCCAGGUUUUCCUCUAGCAAGUAUACUCACCUGGUGUGAAAUUAGGGUUCCCUCGCAAACGCUGGUUUCGCUGUUCAAAAAACCGAAAUAUAGUAUAGAAAAGCAUGUUGUCUUCCGUCUGCUUUGCAGCAUCUAAAAAUUUCCGUGCAGAUAUGUUGUCAUGGCCACCAAUGCCCCGGAUAAACCUCAAGGCAGCUAAUACCUGGUGUUUAGACAGAAGAACUUCUACUAUCUCGUCAUUGGCUGUUGAAAGUCUCUGGAAGGGAGACAGAAGUGCAGAUCAAAGCAAGUGACAAAAACACUUGUGCUGUCUGAAGCUGUGACAGACCUGCAUUACCUUCAGCAUAUCCAGAGACAGCUGAUGAGCAGGAGGGUAAAAACUCUCGAGGGACAGCAGCAGACAAGCCUGCAAGACAGUUUCAGACGAGCUUCAGUUGGAAGGUUAACAUUUUAAGCUUUUAAUCACAACAAGAAUAAAAAUCUGGUGAUACACACCAAAGGUUUGGAGUCGCUGAGCACAUGGUACUGCAGGAACUGGUGCAGCAUGUAAAAGCGGUUGUGCUGGACAAGCGUCUUGAUGACAAGUUCAUGUAAGUAAUGCUGGGAACAAAACAGGAAGACAUUUCCAGUGGCUCAACUAUGACAGACAGGGCGCUGCCUGAGGACUGCAGGCAGCUACUGACUUGGGCAAAUGUUUCAGUUAUAACAAGAAAUGGUUUCAACCCAACUUGACAUUAUACUUUCAUUCCAACUGAACAAUGGGGGAUGUUCAAGUCACUCAAAGUUCUGUGUCAGGUAUGCAGACCCUUCUAGUGAGUAAAAUUGUCAUCUAAGACUGAAAGUGCUUUUAUUUAACUCCUGUUAGGAUGACAAAUGCCAAUAAAGUUACCUGUACUGUAAUCUGAAACUGGUUAAGAGAGCGAAUAUAUUCCAUCAGCACAGCUAUCACAAAUUUAUGUGGCAUCUCCUACAGAGAGAAGAGUGGUUUUUUAAGCAGCAGAAUUAACAAAAGAAACUACAUAUAACUCCUUUAUCCUACCCUGUACUUGUGCCCAGAGUAAAAUGGCCCAGUUUGGUUUUGCACUGAUCUCAGAACCACAUGAAGGGCAAUUCCAUGAGUUCUGAUAUUAGAAACCAAAGUACCAGCAAAGGCCAUCACCCAGCUAGCCUAGUCAGAGUGUGAUUUCUACUACUUCCCCACAACAACCCAUUUGGAGAAUUCUUGGUCCCAAAAAGGCUGAAAAGCUGUAGCACCUUAUUUUCGGCGAAUGCUGACAGCACGUGGGUGUACAUGUCAGACUGGUCCACCACAGCCUGGGUCCGGGUGGGUCUUUUGAGAGGCGGGUUGCUCCGGCUCUGCCCUGCUUCUACUGCCUAAAGUGAUAAAUCACAGGUGUUGAUCUUAUUAGCUGUCUUCUAGAGAAAUGGUACCAAUUACAGUUAAUCCCAAAAGACUGAAUUCCAUGAUGGAAAUCUAAGACAAAACAGAGGACAAUUUCACUAUUUAGAAAAACUUCCUGUGCCAACUUGGGAUGGUGGCAGGUCAGAGUUGAUCAUUUCGGAAAUACUCAGGGUGGAUCCAUGGUAGGUGGAACUACAUAAGCCUAAGUCACACUUUUCUCUUCAGAUACAUCAUACUUUUUUAAUCUCUGAAAACUUUCAACCUCCUUAAUAUUCUUAAUCCUGAACUAUGGCAUUUGUUAACUAAUAAAAACAAAAUGGCUAGCUUGUUUUAUGAAGCUCUGACUGACAAUAAAGGUUGCAAUGAGAA